AUGUCUUCCAUCCGCUUCAUCUGCCAGGGCUGCAGGCAGCCCAUGAGGCUGAGCCAGUCCACGGGGACCUUGGGCCUUGAGACCACCCAAAGACCUGCAGCUUCCACAUUCACGUCAGCUCAGCAGGAGCCAAGAGAAACCCUGGUACGUGGCCCUACCUCCAAGGUGGAGAUAGAUAGUGAAAAGCUGCCAGAUGCCUCCUGCUCUACCCUCCCUGGAGAUGGCAAGAUGUUCGGGGACAGUGCUAAGAACUUCAUCUUGCUUGGGAAGUUUGACUCUGCAAGAACGCUCAGUAACAUCCAGAACACUACCAGGGACAUUUUUGACAUCCUCACUGGUGAAAAAUAUGUGGAUCACCCCCUAUGUGAAGACUGUACUGACAAACUUUUAGAGGUGCUGGAUACUCAACUCAUUAUUGUAGACUCUGAGAACGAGAACUACAAAUAUUGGAGGGGGAGGAUAUGUGAGGAGGAGAUGAAGACACUGCAGGAGGAACUGGAGGGCCUGGAGCUGGAGGAGGCAAGGCUGGUCCAAGAGCUGAAGGAGGUGGAGAAAAAACAAGAAAGAGUUGCAGAGGAUCUUGAGGCAGCCCAGGCAGAGACUGAGAUGCUGGAACAACAGGACAAGCAGUACUGGAAGGACUACAGUAACUUGAAAUGGCAGCAACUGGAACUGCAGGAUGAGCUGAAGAGCAUGGAAAAGCAGCUGAGACAUGCCCAAAUCCAGUGGGGCAGGCUGAAGAAGACCAAUGUCUUCAGUGCGACCUUUGAGAUCAGGUAUGAUGGCCCUGUGGGCAUCAUCAAUAGCUUCAGAUUGGGCUGCCUCCCCACUGUCCCUGUGAGCUGGAAGGAGAUUAACAUGGCUUGGGGACAGACAGCUUUGUUGCUCCUUGCCCUAUCCAACAAGAUUGGGCUGGAGUUUCAGAGGUAUCAACUCAUCCCCUGUGGAAACCGGUCCUAUUUGAAGUCUUUAACAAAUGACCCUGUUGAGCUGCCAUUGUUCUGCAUCAUGAAGCAGAGCACUUGCUUGGACCUCAAGUUUGACCAGGCAAUGAUGGCUUUUUUGGACUGCAUGCAACAGUUUAAGGAAGAGGCUGAGAAAGGCAAGUGGGGUCUUUGCUUACCCUGCAGGAUUCAUGUGAAGAAUGGCCUAAUGGAGGACUCUGGAAGCACUGGUGAGUUCUAUUCCAUCAGAACAUACUUGAACACAGAGGAGCAGUGGACAAAGGCACUCAAGCUCAUGCUUAUAAAUCUUAAGUGUAGUCUCACUUGGGUUUCUUUAAGAUAUCAAGAAUGA